AUGGAUGCUCGACUCGUCCUUUUUCUCGUCUUCGUCUUCCUGGCCGUAUUAAAGGAUUCGAGCUCGAGCGUCGCGGCCGAAUCGUCGUCGUCGUAUUCGUGCUCCUACUCGUCGGCAAAUGCAAGCAGUACUACCCACGAGACGAAGACUACUCGCAAUGUUCGGAAAAAACGCCAAUUGACGUUUCCUUCGGGUAGUAAUUUCAUCACGACGGCGGCGGUCGUCAAGCCGAUACCCACGAAACUGCCGAGCGCCUGGAAUCUACUGCUGGAAAUGGACGUGGUCUGGCCGAUCGUGCCGAAAAAGGAGGAGCCCAAAGCGAAACCCUCAAUGGGCAAGCCUGGACGCAGACCGCAGAUGGGCAAGCAUCAUCGUCGCAGACGCCAGAGACGAGAUCUCUACUCCAAUUUCGAGCUCGCUCUCGACAAGCAAGGAUUUCCGGGCAAUCAGUGCGUGCUGCGCAGCAUAUGCGAGGCCAAAUUCGCCCUCAAUCCGCCGGGCGUCUCGCUCGUCGAGGAUCUGCUUCGAGUCGUGCUUAGCAACGACAGCAGCAGCAGCGAUAUAUACGACGUGGCUUUCAGGACUCAAAGCGACUGCGACUCGGCGUUUCCCUGCCCGUUCUCCAUACUCAGCGCGAUCUUGCAUUUCAAAGAUGUAGGAAACUACGACGGUACGGGGGAAAAUAAAAUUUAA